GGACCGAAAUGAGCGACUGAGUUUUUAAAGGAACACUAAGGUUGUUUAGCAAGGUUCAAAGAAUAUAACGGGAUCAGGGGCGUUGGGAAGUGUUGGGUGCAACAGCGGCAGUAGCAGGAGCAGUGCUCUCAUCCCUUGUCCUCUCAUGUCCCCUCCACGUGUGUCCUUACCUGUUAGAAUCCCCGGUGUGUCCCCUUGUCUCACCUCUCCAGACUCCAGUCCUCCUCUCCCUCAUGCUUUGGACACAGGCCCCACACCAACUACCCGAUGACUGCCUGGAUUGUCCUGCCCGUCAGCCUCUCUGCUUUCUCCAUCACGGGAAUAUGGAUAGUCUAUGCUAUGGCAGUGAUGAACCAUCAUGUUUGUCCGGUAGAAAACUGGUCUUACAAUGUGACAUGUACAGAAGAGACAGCCAAGCAGGGGUUCCCCAAAACGUGCUGCACCCUGCAGGACGUCCCCCUCAUCAGUAAGUGUGGCUCAUUCCCCCCAGAGAGCUGCCUCUUCAGCCUGAUAGGCAAUGUUGGAGCCUUCAUGGUGGUGAUGGUCUGCCUGCUCCGCUAUGCCCAGGUGAUUGAACAUAGCCAUCGAUGCUGGAUCAACACCAGUGCCCUGGUCUCUGGCUGCACCAAUGCCCUGGGCCUGGUCAUGGUGGGCAACUUCCAGGUGGACCACGCCAAGUCGCUGCACUAUGUGGGAGCGGGUGUGGCCUUCCCCGCCGGGCUGCUGUUCGUGUGCCUGCAGUGUGUGCUGACCUACCGCGUGGCGGUCACCAUACUCGACUACUGGAUGGCGCACGUCCGCGUUGCCCUGGCAGCGGGAGCCCUCGUCUCUCUGGUCCUCAGUGGCAUCUUCUUCAUCCACGAGAGCUUCGUUCUGCAGCACGCGGCAGCCAUCUGUGAGUGGGUCUUCACUGUGGACAUCCUGGUCUUCUACGGCACCUUCACAUACGAGUUCGGCACCGUCACCAAUGACACCAUGGUGGCGGGCCUGCAGCGCAGCCACCACAGUGGGCCGGGGGUCAUGAUUGGGGGCGGGGGGAGAGGCACGCCACUAGGGGGUGGCACCAAGGGUUUGAAAUCGCCUGGCGGGAGCAGCACCUCCACCCACCUCAACUGCAACCCAGAGAGCGUCGCCAUGUUGUAGUCGUUUUCCCACCACUUUCUCUACUGCCCCUCCCAGCACGCCAACAGGGUAUGUGUAAGUGUGGAUGGUGUUUUUAUGGGCAAUGCCACAGGUUUUUUUGGGGGGGGUGUGAAUUAUACACAGUUGUCUGUUUUUCCUCUGAAAAGAGUCUUGCCUGCUUUCCCAGCAGGACCUCUCCCACUGAAAGUCAGGCAAACAUUUACAUAAUGUAAGUGUAUUACCCUGGUGUACAUUCUGGGCUUAUUGGGAAAAGGCCCAAUUUCACAGAUCUUUCUGGAGGUACCAGAAUACCACUGACCAUGACUGUGCUGCUAACGUGUGCUCCAUUUAACAGAGUGAGGAAUACCCAUAGUUAUUUUACAUUACUUUCAUUCUUUUUAUUCGUACACAUUUCUGAGACUUUUCUGAGAUCUCUCACUCAACCACUGAGUUUUGUAAGUGUCAGGUCUUAUUUUUGUGGUUUAUUAGGAAGAAGCAAAAAAGGCAGCAUCUGUUUGCCAUAUUGUUGAACAUGCCCUGUCAUCCCUAGGGGAAUUUCUUUUGUACAACUUUAUUGGAUUUCUUAUGUGUCCACCACCAAAGUCUAAGCAGAGUAUUUAAAAAUGUUGAAUGUUUGUAGACCUGUGAUGGGACUGUAGUGUACAGCGAUUGACAAGGGUGUGUGCAGGUAUUAUUUAUUUAUUUGUUUGUUUUGUUUUUUUUUUUGGUGUAUUAAUAUGUAAGCAUGAUUAAAAUCAGUUCAUGAACUGCAGUAUUUCAGGAAUUUUUUAAAUCCUCGAAACAAUUUGAAA